GAAAGUGAAAGUAAGGAACAGCUGACUUUCACUUUUGAUUUAUGUAGGUGACAAACUUUGUUACUGCUGGAUUUAAAACAAUGGAAAGACACUGAAACGAAAUGUUUCGCUUCUUUGCAAACGAAAAUGUUUUCUCAUUAUCUAUUUCAUAGAGGAAUAAUGAGUUGUGCAAUUUUAGUACCUUUGUAAACAUAUUUGGAGUAUUUUACCACAGACUCGAUUAUUGAAUAUCCAUGGGAGGAUCAAUUUCAAGAGCCAGCUUCUCUAAAGGAACAGUUAAAUUUUGCAGCACUAAAUCCCUCACUGGUAAAACAGUAAUCAUUACAGGUGCAAACACAGGUGUAGGCUUUCAAACAGCACUUGACCUAGCUCGAAGAAAUGGAAGAAUAAUCUUGGCAUGUAGAAAUGACGAAAAGGGAGAGGUGGCUAAAAGUAAAAUUAUUCAGCUGACAGGGAAUACAAAUGUCAUUUACAGACAACUUGAUUUAAGUUUGAUAUCAUCAGUUCAAGCUUUUGUCAGUGUAAUUAACAGCGAAGAGAAAGCAGUAGACAUUCUCAUUAACAAUGCAGGUGUUGUCAAUUGGGAAGAAAAUAUAACAGCAGAGGGUGUGGAGAACACAUUUGCAACAAAUUACUAUGGACCAUUCCUCCUGACGACCCUACUUCUUGAGCUGCUGAAGAAAUCUUCCGAUGGUCGCAUUGUGAAUGUCGGCUCCAUUGCCAGUUUGGCCGGCUCCGUAGAUAAUGAUACAGUGAUGGCCAGGAGAAAAUUCACCAGGACAGAGUAUAAUGACUCUAAGCUGGCAUUGCUUCUGUUUACAAAGGAACUGGCCAGGAAAAUUACAGAUACUGGUAUAAAAGUCGUCUAUGUCCAUCCUGGCACAAUCAGAAGUGACCUGUUCAGAAAUUUGCCUUGGAUUCUCCAAUUCAUCAUAACGUGUAUAAUGAGGCCUUUGACUAAGACACCUGUAGAGGGUGCCCAGCCGGUUCUGUUUUGUGCCCUGGAUGACUAUGUCCAGACGGGGGGCUACUACAUGGACUGUGCUCGGUAUGAUCAUACCAUGUGGGUCCCCAAGUGUGUGUAUGAUGAGGAGCUGGCCAAAAAACUGUGGGAAUCAACUGAGAGAAUUGUGGCUGCUUGUGGGGAAAGAUAACAAAGAGAUAUUUGUCUAGUUACGUAUUCAAAUGGAUUGUGUUUGUCCCUGAUAAGGAACUGUGGACAGUGGUUCUAUUAUACACUGAAUGAAACAUUGACUUGGUUAUAAUAAACAAACUUUUAUAGAUGACUUUAUGUAUAGCAUGACAGGUAAAUCAGGAUCACAUCUUCACAAAUCUUACUCGGUGAGGUUGUACACAUGUUAAUUCUAGCUGACUGCUCAUAUGAAGUGUAAUGGUACCAUACUGGUUAGUGAUUAAUGUUUUUUGGAUGAUGUUUGAGUCAAUUUUAUUAAAUUUACCAGUACUUAUAAUAGUUUAGAACCACAUGCAUCUUUUGUACCUACACCAAUAUUCUGAAAUCAAAAAAUAAAUCUUGAAUCUGG